GCAAGUGACUGAAUGAGCUGAGUAUGAACAAGCGCUUUAGGGCUUAGGUUUAAUAAUAUAUUUUCUAAUGUUUCAAUAAUUGGCACAUGCUUGAGUUUAAGUUAUAAAUUUUUGUUUUUCUAUAAAAAUUACUUUCCAAAAUGUUCAGAUUAACAAAAAUAUUCAUAAAUAGAUAGCUUAAUAUAACAAUUUAUUCUGUUAUCUUACUGUAAAAAUCGAGCAUUUUGCAGACUAGCCUAAAACUUUCCUUAAGUUUUGCAGAUUUUUCUCGAUUUGUUCGACUUGCUUUCUAUUGAUUUUGAAAACAUAUGUAAAUUCAAUUCAACCGUAGAUAAAUUAGAAAAAUUUUAAAAUGAUAAAAUGAGCCACGAUUUCUAAAUUAAUUCUAAUGAAGAAAGAAUCGAGAAAAAUACCAAGUUUUGUAUAUAGCUAUAAAAGUUUAAAUACAAAAAAAGAAUUAAUUUAUAACAGAGUAAAAUAGAACAAAUAUAUACGUAAAAUAUCACAGUUACUUGUCACUGUCACAGUUCACUGCAAUAAUUUGUAAAUAUUUAGGUUAAGUUUGUAAAGUUAAGGUAGCCUUUGCAUUUGCAUGUGAUUUAAGUUAAAUCAGAGACGAGUUUUCAAGAAAUAAAAGAAAAUACAUUUUUAAAAGAAAGCGGAUAACUGAACGAUAAUUAGCAAUGAAUGACGAAUUUGAGUUGAAUCCAAAUGAUGAACGUCUGAUCACGGAUCUUCAACUAAUACAUUAUCCGACCUACGGUCCGUUCUAUGGCAUAAUGGGCGUGUCGGCGGCCAUCGUCUUCUCUUCGGUUGGUGCCGCCUAUGGCACAGCAGUGUCGGGCACGGCGAUUGCUGCCACGGCUGUGAUGCGACCCGAGCUAAUCAUGAAGUCGAUCAUACCCGUUGUCAUGGCCGGCAUUAUAGCCAUCUAUGGACUGGUCGUAGCGGUGCUGAUAUCUGGCAAAUUGGACUCGGCUGUCACCUAUUCGGUGGCCAAUGGCUAUAUACAUCUGUCGGCUGGUUUAUCUGUGGGCUUUUGUGGAGUGGCUUCUGGCUAUGCCAUCGGAUGUGUGGGCGAUGCCGCUGUACGUAAUACGGCCCUGCAGCCGCGGUUAUUUAUUGGCAUGGUCUUGAUUUUAAUCUUUGCUGAAGUCCUGGGCCUCUAUGGCAUGAUUGUGGCCAUAUAUUUGUAUACCAAAGAAAUUUAGUUGAGGCAUUGUUUAUGUUAAAUUCUAACCAAAUAAACUUUUUUUUUUAUUGUAUCUUCAUAACAAAAUGUACCUUUAUUCCAUUAAUAAUUUGCAGACAUUUAUUCAAAUUACAUAUACCUUUAAUAUUUGUAGUACAAAAAUCAAAUGUGGCGCCAAAAUUUUCGUGCCAGUUUUAGAGAUGACACACCGAUCGUUUACGAACGUUGCCUACUUUUUAUUCGCUGUUAAAAGUCUCAGUCGUGCUGUCGGCAACAUUGACUGUUAACAGCAAUACGGUCGUCGUUAACAGGGCGCUCCACCAGCUAACAGUAAAGACUCGUAAAGUUAAGCAGAGCCGCUCCGCAC